AUUAGGGUUUUGAGCGGUCAAGGGUUUGCUGUCAGAGCCGUCGUCCUCCUCGUAGCAUUCUUCCUCUGAAGCUACCCUCACUCCCUCAUUUCCUUCCAGAAUGGCGGUCGGGAAGAACAAGAGGAUUUCCAAGGGAAAAAAGGGUGGCAAGAAGAAGGCAGCCGAUCCCUUUGCAAAGAAGGAUUGGUACGACAUCAAGGCUCCUUCUGUCUUCGAAGUCCGCAAUGUCGGCAAAACCCUCGUUUCCCGCACCCAGGGUACCAAGAUAGCUUCUGAAGGGCUCAAACAUCGGGUGUUUGAGAUAUCACUUGCUGACCUUCAGGCUGAUGAGGAUCAGGCUUAUAGAAAGAUUCGACUGAGAGCUGAAGAUGUUCAAGGGAGGAAUGUUCUGACAAACUUUUGGGGAAUGGAUUUUACAACUGACAAGUUGAGGUCUUUGGUGCGGAAAUGGCAAACAUUGAUUGAAGCUCAUGUGGAUGUGAAGACAACUGACAACUACACCUUGAGGUUGUUCUGCAUUGCAUUCACUAAGAAGCGUGUAAACCAGAACAAGAAGACUUGUUACGCACAAUCCAGCCAAAUUCGACAGAUUCGACGGAAGAUGAGAGAAAUCAUGACAAACAUGGCAACAUCUUGUGAUCUGAAGGAAUUGGUCAAAAAGUUCAUACCUGAGAGUAUUGGCCGAGAGAUCGAGAAGGCAACUUCAAGCAUCUAUCCUUUACAGAAUGUGUACAUUCGGAAAGUUAAGAUCUUGAAAGCUCCUAAGUUUGAUCUUGGAAAGCUGAUGGAGGUGCAUGGUGAUUAUUCGGAGGAUGUUGGCACAAAGUUGGAGAGGCCUGCUGAUGAACCAGUGGCUGAGGGGGUAACUGAAGUCAUUGGAGCUUGAAUUAUCAAUUUUGUGAUUCCCCUUUGUUAUUUUCUUCUAUUUCUGUUAAUGAAGACUCGUAAACUGCAGAUUUUGGUUUAGCUGAGAGAUUUAGAUUUUGCUUUGACAUCAAGAAACCCAUUUUGAGUUUCAAUCAAUUCCAUUAAUUUGCUAAAUUGUUUUCAUUCC